AUGGGUGUGCUAAUGUCCAAGAGACAGACCGUGGAGCAGGUACAAAAGGUCAGCAUUGCUGUCUCCGCAUUCAAGGAUGGACUGAAAGACAAACCACCCAAUAAGAGGAAAUCUGAAGGCUGCAUCAGGAAAGGGAGUAAAGGAGAUGUGCUGGACCAAGUGUUGGAAGAAGAGAAAGAUGCCAAUGAAUCUAACCCAGGUUCCCCCUGUCAAUCCCAACCCCGGCAGGAGAACCCAACAAAUCGGGCAGCCUGGGAAAGACUAAGAGAUGGGAAAGGGGUAGAACCUGAUGAGUUUUAUAAGUCCAAACGUUUUACCCCUCCUGCCUUUAUCAGACCAACUCGUGCUCUGAAUGAUGAUGAUCCUCCGGAAAUAAACCUGGACCAGAGGGAAGAGAUCACCAAUGAUGAGAUGUGUGAGAUCUGCGAGGUCUGGACAGCCGAAAGCCUCUAUCCAUGCAGGAUCUGCUCCCGGGUUUUCCAUGAUGGCUGCCUUCACCGUAUGGGAUACCUGCGCAGUGACAACGCCCUGGAGGUGACAGAAAUGGCUCACACAGAAACAGGCUGGAGCUGCUAUUAUUGUGACAAUCUGAACCUGUUGCUGACAGAGGAGGAGAUGUACAGCCUGAUGGAGACGUUCAGUCAAUGCAAAGUAAUCCCAGAAUGUACCCUUACCCUGGAUGACUUCCUCCAUUACAAGCAUCUGGUGAACCGGAGAACGCAGGAGAAGCAGUUGAGUGAUGAACUUGAGGAACAAGCCAGUCUACAGUUCUCCUCCAUGGAUCCUGAGAAGAAAGGGCAGAUAGACUGGGCUGAUUUCCUUUCCCAUGAGUCCAUCUGUCUACUGCAAAAGCUGCGCUCACAGAAUUCGCUGUUGAGGCUUUUAUCAGUAAAGGAGCGAGAGCGAGCUCGUGUCACGUUUCUGACUCUGGACCAGGAUAAUGAUGGCUUGAUUACAGGCAGUGAAUGCAGAAGGGCUCAGCAUGGUUGGUUCCGCAAACAAUCUAAAGAGGCCGCGUCGUGUAAUGUCAGUAUAAGCCAUGUUGGGCCCAUGUCUGAGAGCAGCCCGGCCAGCAGCACAAGUGGCAAGAGCCAAGAAAAGGUGCCACUGACCACAGACCCAGAUGAGAACAGACAGGUGAACUGGGAUUCCUUCUUGAAGGAGAAUGUUAUUUAUAUUCUUGCUGCUCGACCAAACAGUUCUGCUAUUCACCUGAAGCCAUCAGUCUAGACAAGCAGGAGCUCUUUCCCCAUCAACAGAA